AUGAUCAAGCCCGAGUACUUCACCAAGCCGUUCUGCAGUUUUCUGACCGAGAACCCUACCAUAUUCCAUGCGGUAGACUAUUUCAAGAAGAAGAUGCUUGGGCUGGGUUUCAAAGAGCUCCCUGCCCGCGAUGACUGGUCCGGAACGAUUGAGGCUGGCGGAAAGUAUUUCGUAACGCGGAACAGCAGCUCCCUCAUUGCCUUCACCGUUGGCAAGGAAUACAAGCCUGGCAAUGGAGUGGCUAUGAUCGCAGGACAUAUCGAUGCAUUGACGGCAAAGCUCAAGCCCGUCAGUAACAGGCCAACCAAAGCAGGCUAUGUACAACUAGGUGUCGCGCCAUAUGCGGGAGCUUUGAACGAGACGUGGUGGGACCGCGACCUGAGCAUUGGUGGUCGCGUUAUUGUCCGUGAUGAGGAGACGGGCAAGACAACCACCAAGCUCGUCAAGCUGGAUUGGCCAAUCGCCAAGGUGCCCACUCUAGCGCCACAUUUCGGCGUGGGCAUGAUGGGCUCAAACAACAAGGAAACGCAAGCCGUUCCUGUCAUCGGCCUAGAAAGCUCUUCAGGCGCGCAGGAGCCUCUAGGCGAGGCUGGCUCUUUCGUUGCGACGCAGCCGCCGAAGCUAGUCAAGCUGAUUGCUUCGGAGCUGGGGAUCUCAAACUACAGCACCAUUGUUAAUUGGGAGCUGGAGCUGUUCGAUAUCCAGCCGGCGACAGUGGGUGGCAUGGACAAGGAAUUCAUCUUCGCGGGACGCAUUGACGACAAGCUUUGUAGCUGGGCCGCCUUGAUGGGUCUUCUACACGCUGAUCAGAACCCGAAGGACGGUACAAUCAAGCUCGUCGCCCUCUUCGACGAUGAGGAGAUUGGUAGCUUGCUCAGACAGGGCGCAAAAGCAAACUUCCUGCCGAACGUCAUCGAACGCACGGUGGAGGCCCUGUCUGAAAGUGCCGAUGUGAAGUUCGGCCCGGGUGUCGUUGGCCGUACAUAUGCGAGAUCAUUCUUGGUCUCUGCGGAUGUUACGCACGCCGCGAACCCGAACUUUUUGGAGCGGUACCUGGACCAGCACAUGCCAUUGCUGAAUGUUGGGGUGGCCGUUUGCGCGGACUCGAAUGGUCAUAUGACCACCGAUAGUAUCAGCACAGCGAUCUGCAACCGCGUCGCUGAGCUGAGCGGCUGCAAAAACCAGCUCUUCAUGAUUCGCAAUGAUAGCCGAUCGGGUGGCACUGUUGGCCCGACGCUGAGCAGUGUGAUGGGUGUCAAGGCGGCAGAUGCCGGGUUGCCCCAGCUCAGCAUGCACUCUGUUCGCGCCACCACUGGUGCCUUGGACCCUGGCCUGGGCGUUAAGUUCUUUAAGGGCUUCCUGGACAAGUGGGAGGAGGUUGACGCUGAAUGGCACGCUUGA